GUGGUGCUGUCGCAUCCUACUAAUACAAAAUGCGCUACGCGCAAGAUCAUUUCCUGGCUGAAUCGCGCACCUCGACGCAAUGGAGCUCUUGACUCUUCUGGUGUCCCUUUUAACUCUUGUCCUUGGCUCAUCGGCCAUCGGGCAACCCCCUAGUCUUGCCUUCUCCGAGACGGCAGAUGGACUGAAGCUCGGUGGCACCGGUUUAGGACCAACCAUCGUCAUCGAUACCAAGGACUGGCCCGGCGUCACUCGAGCUGGAAACGACCUAGCAAACGACUUUGGACUCGUUACCGGAACGAAGGGCAAAGUCGUAACGGGAACAAGUGGACUUUCGAAUGUGCAAGUCAUUUUUGCCGGAACAAUAGGGAAGUCUCCGCUCAUCGAUGGGCUUGCCAACUCUGGGAAGUUGGACUUAACUGGGAUCCAAAAUAAAUGGGAAUCGUUUACAUCUCAACUAGUUGAGAAUCCGGUGGAUGGAGUAUCCUCAGCGCUCGUACUAGCAGGAAGUGACAAACGCGGCACCAUAUUCGCCUUGUACGAUGUUUCCGAGCAGAUAGGCGUCUCGCCGUGGUACUGGUGGGCCGAUGUACCACCCAAGAGGAAGACAGUUAUCUACGCUCUGAAUACCACGAAAAAGCAAGGUCCACCUUCGAUUAAGUAUCGCGGCAUCUUCAUUAAUGACGAACAACCUGCCUUGACAAACUGGAUCAAUGAGAAAUAUGGCGGAAAAUAUGACUCGCGGUUUCAUGCUAAAGUGUUUGAGCUUUUACUUCGAUUGCGAGCAAACUAUUUCUGGCCUGCGAUGUGGAAUAGCAAGUUCUACGUGGAUGACAGCAAAAACGGACCUCUUGCCGACGAAAUGGGGAUUGUCAUGGGCACUAGUCAUACGGAACCGAUGGCUAGAGCCGAUAAGGAGAAAGUUAAGCCGUGGGAUUGGAAGAGCAACCAGAACAACUUGAAGAAGUACAUGGAGGAUGGCGCGAAGAGAGCGAAGAACUGGGAAACACUGUGGACGCUCGGUAUGAGGGGAGACGGGGAUACUGCAAGCCCAACCUUGGAUGCGACACAGUUGACCGCUGUGAUCAACUUCCAGCAAACGACAUUGAAGAAUGUGCUUGGGGUUUCGGACCUGAGCACAGUGCCACAGAUGUGGUGUCUUUAUAAGGAAGUAGGGGGCUACUACCAGAAAGGCAUGAAGAUCCCUGACGAUGUCACCUUACUCUGGAGCGACGACAACAGUGGCAAUAUCCAACGUCUGCCCAUUCCAAGCGAGUUGUCUCGGGUUGGCAAUGCCGGAGUAUAUUACCACUUUGACUACGUGGGGGACCCUCGCAACUACAAGUGGAUCAACACAAUUCAACUUUCAAAAACGUGGCAGCAAAUGCAUCUUGCGCAUCAAAAGAACGCUACCCAGAUCUGGAUUGUCAACGUUGGUGACCUGAAACCCCUGGAGAUCCCAAUUUCCCAUUUCCUGGACAUGGCCUACGAUAUGUCCCGCUUUAUGAAGCCUGACAGCACCGAUACAUGGCUCAAGGCAUGGGCAACACGGGAAUUCGGCGAUGCCGUUUCUGCAGGGACCGCCGAAGCAAUCGCGACCUAUGGAAAGCUCAUCGUGCGUCGGAAGUACGAACUGCUCAACUUGAGCCCCUUUCUUUACACCCUCGCAAACUACGACGAGGCUGAGAACGUCUUGAAAGAGUGGGAAGCCCUUCAAGACAAGGCCCAGAAACUGUAUGACAGCUUGGAUGCCGAGACUCAGAUUGCCUUUUUCGAGAUGGUAUUGCAUCCUAUCAUGGCGGGGAGAAUUGUGCAGCAAGUGUACAUCAAUGCGGCCCGGAACGGCGCCUAUGCAAAGCAGAAGAGAAUGACUGCCAAUGUACUCGCCGACGACGUCAAGAAGGCAUAUGCUCAGGACGCAGUCAUCCAAAAACGCUACCACUCACUACUGAACAAUAAGUGGAACCAUAUGAUGGACCAAGUCCAUUUUGGCUACAACAACUGGCAAGAUCCUGCCAGCAAUAGCAUGCCAUCCGUCCAAACAAUAGGCACAUCGGCGCCCUCAACAGGUCUAAUGGGCGUCUCAGUUCAAGGGAGCACAGCAUCCACACCAGGAGAUGCCGCACCCACUUUAGCAGCUCUCGAUCCAUACACUCCAGAAAACCGCACCAUCGACAUCUACGCCCGCGGCGCAGGAAGCGUAGACUUCACCAUUACCCCAAGCGCCCCGUACAUUUCCGUCUCUCCCUCUCAAGGCACCAUCAGCUACCCCUCAGGCACCCCUCAGAUCCGCGCCGUCAUCACAGUCGACUGGGCCGCCGCCCCCAAAGGAGCCAGCACAGUAAUAAUCUCCAUCAAACCGAGCACCGGCACGGAAGUCAAGCUCUCCCUCCCCCUCAAUAACGUCCAAGUCCCCUCCGACUUCAGAGGCUACGUCGAAUCCAACGGCGCCGUCGCCAUGGAAAUGCGACAUUUCACCUCGCGCACCGCCGGCACGGGCGGCGCCACCGUCGAAGUGAUCCCCAACUACGGCCGCACGGAUUCGGGACUCACGCUUCUGCCUGUAACGGCUGGGACGCAGACGGUUGGUUCCGCACCAAAGGCUGUUUACAACUUCUACGCUUUCAGUUCCGCUGCGUCGGCCAAGGUAACGGUCUACAUGCCGCCCUCGUUCAAUGUCAAUCCCUCGGCGCCUUUCAAAUACGCAAUUGCCCUGGAUAACGGGACGCCGACGACGGUGGCCCCGGUGCCGAGUUCGACGCUGGGGGCAAUGCCGGGCGAUUGGAGCAAUAGCGUUGUCAACGGCGGGAGGGUUGUGAGUACGAACUUGGGUAGUAGGAUUGACCAAGGCGCGCACAGUUUGAGUUUGUGGUUGUUGGAGCCGGGCACGACGGUGCAUAGAUUGGUGGUGGAUUUGGGAGGGGUGAAGAGUAGUUAUCUGGGGCCACCGGAGAGCUCAAAGGUCGGGAUGUGA